AUGGGCACGGGUCACGCCGGGAUGACAGAUACAGAAAACAUUCGGGGUUACAUGCGGCUGACUGACAGACAGGCAUAUGGCAUUGUGUGGAAAGCUAUUGACAGAAAGACAGGAGAGGUGGUGGCACUGAAGAAAAUAUUUGAUGCUUUUAGGAACAGAACUGAUGCACAGCGAACGUUCCGAGAGAUAGCGUUUCUUCAGGAGUUUGGAGACCACCCCAACAUCAUCAAACUUCACAAUGUCAUCAAAGCAGAGAACGAUAAGGAUAUCUACCUAGUAUUUGAGUUCAUGGACACAGACCUGCACAAUGUGAUUAAGAAAGGCAGCAUCCUGAAGGACAUCCACAAGCGUUACAUCAUGUACCAGCUGCUGAAGGCCAUGAAGUACAUGCACUCAGGGAACGUCAUACACAGAGACCAGAAGCCUUCAAAUAUUCUUCUAGACAGUGACUGUUUCGUGAAGAUAGCAGAUUUUGGACUGGCCAGGUCAAUAACCCAGCUGGAAGAAGACACGACAGACCCCGCCCUGACAGAGUACGUGGCCACACGGUGGUACAGGGCACCUGAGAUCCUGCUGGCCUGCCAGAGAUAUACCAAAGGUGUAGACAUGUGGAGUGUGGGCUGUAUCCUGGGGGAACUCCUGAUAGGAAAACCCCUGUUCCCAGGCUCCUCCACCAUCAAUCAAAUUGAGAAAAUCAUGGCUUCAAUAGAACCACCAAACAGACAAGAUGUAAGCAGUAUACAGUCUGCAUAUGGGGCUUCUAUCCUGGAGAAGGCAGCAGUAAGGUAAGGGUCAAGCUUACAAGUAACAAACCUUGGUACAUGCCAGUUGAUGGAAGAUGGAUCUAUUGCCAACAACAGUAUUAGACUAUUACUACUGUUUGGCUCUUUUCCCCUGGCUAUUUUUUGAAUGCACAAUUACUAAAAGAGACUGACUUAAUAAGCUGGUUUAUUUUGUGAAA